ACAAGAGUUGGACAAAAGAGCACUAUCUUUUUGCAAGCUGUGGGGGAAUCGAACAGCAUGAAAGAUCUCAAGGGCCACACGAACUUGUGGCUCAGAAAUUUCCCCCCGGUUUCUGAUGUGGCAUCUUCCCAACAUGAGCUCGCACUCGGCGGGGGGGGGUUCUUUUUCCACAGAGAGAGAAGCAAAGGCGGGCAGCUUAUCUUGCUGAGAUCAAGACAACAGAGCAAGAGCUGUAGCAGCGAGGAGAAUGUUGGAGAUGAAAGAUCCUGCUAUAAAGCUGUUUGGGAAGACGAUUUGGCUCCCGGUGAAGCGAGAUGUUCUUGAUGGGCCGUCCUGGGGAGCUGGAAAAGGUUCCGUUUCAGAAGCUGCUGGAGGUCCAGGAGCAUGGGAUCGCAGGGGCUCUGUCUCCGCUGAUGUUGCUUCACGGGAACAGAGAGAUGGAAGAGAAGCAGAGGAGACUCGUGGAGACAAGGCAUUAUCUGAAAGAGAACCAACGAACCACGAAUAUGAAGAAGGUGGAUGGUAUCGGGCCCCGGAAAACCCGAAAGACUUGACUGACUCGAUGAGCAAUAACCAGAAAGACGAAACAGGCAGAGAAAUUUCUUCACCUGCUCCAUGGAACGAAGGAGAGACCGGAACGAGUAUCUCGCAAGAAACGACUCUAAAGAAGCCUGACAAGAUACUACCGUGCCCACGAUGCAACAGCACGGAUACCAAGUUCUGUUACUACAACAACUACAACCUGAAUCAGCCCCGGCAUCUCUGCCGAAACUGUCAACGGUACUGGACUGCGGGAGGAACGAUGAGAAACAUCCCUGUUGGAGCCGGACGUCGUAGGAGCAAGAAUUCUUACACAGCUGCGGCGGCGCUGUUUCAGCACAUGGGAGUACCUGAAUCUCUUCGAGCUGAUGGUGCUGGUGAUUUGAAAACCGCUGGAACCACCAUCCUGAGGAUCAGUUUGGAUUCUCCUAAUUGUGGUCGAUCAGCAGCUCCGGUGCCGAGUACUAUGAGCGGGUUUCUUGAUCUUGGACAAGCAAUUUCAUGUUCUGGUAGAGGGGUAGAUAACUUCAGCGAUGAACGUUCGAGUGGAUCUUCUUUGACAGCUUCAAAUUCAGUGGGGAAGACGAGCGACUGUAGCGCACCAGAACUGGCAGUCUGCAAUUAUCGAGGCUUUCCAUGGGAUUCCGUUCAUUGGAACUCCACACCAGCUCUAUCUACUUCAGGCUUCCCUGUUUCAUUUUACCAAGCGCCACAAUGUUAUUGGGCUUAUGCGCUGCCAGGUUCCACGAACGCAACGCCGAGGGCGUCCUUACUGCCCUCCUCACUUAGCCACGACGGCUCGAGCGCUGGUCCUCCAAGUUCGACAAAACUAGGGAAGCAUUCGCGAGACAGGAAUGUCUCAAGUCCUGGAAAUGGCACUUGGACUCCUAAGACUUAUCCAAUAGACGAUUGUGGAGGAACUACCAAGAAAUCGAUGAUCAUCGGGGCAAGAGAAGCACUGCACGGAGCUUCUGAUUUAGGGGUGUCUGACCAUCUUCUCUCCCAGGCUUUUCAAUCCAUGGCGAAAGGCAAGAGCUUCAAUGACAGAAGGGCUGUAUUGCUGCAAGCGAAUCCCGCAGCGCUGUGCCGGUCAAUGAACUUCCACGAGAGCACGUGAGAGGGAGAGACAAAAUCCACCCGAACUUCGAAUCUGUAUGAUAAAACAAGAUGAGAGCUAUGCCUAUGCUUCUCGUCGUCCGACUGUUUCCUAGAUUUUUGCUGCUCCAUCGCAUGAAGGCAUUCACCAAUUUGGCUAUUUCUCUUUGAUUC